AUGAGAGCCGUCCGGGUGCUGCAGUUCGGUGGCCCCGAGGUGCUGACCCUCCAGCGCGGUGUCGCAGUCCCUGAGCCGAGAGACAAUCAGGUGUUAAUUAAAGUCCGUGCCUGCGGUGUAAAUCCUGUCGAGACGUAUAUUCGUUCCGGAAGCUACGCCAGGAAACCAGCUUUGCCCUAUACUCCUGGCACGGACGUGGCUGGUGUUGUAGAAGGCGUUGGGGAGCAGGUGACUGCCUUCAAGAAAGGCGACAGGGUUUUUACCACUGGUACGAUCUCUGGAGGAUAUGCAGAUUAUGCCGUUGCUGCAGCUGAUAGAGUCUUUCCUCUGUCGGAUAAAUUGGACUUUAAGCAAGGAGCAGCGAUUGGAAUUCCCUACUUCACUGCUUAUCGGGCUCUUUUCCAAAAGGGCCGUGCCAAAGCUGGGGAACGUGUGCUGGUGCACGGUGCCAGUGGGGGAGUGGGAAUAGCAACAUGUCAGAUUGCCAGAGCUUGUGGUUUGAAGGUUUUGGGCACAGCAGGAACUGAGGAAGGCAUGAGCAUGGUUCUGAGAAGUGGUGCUCACCAAGUCUUCAAUCACAGAGAAGCUAAUUACCUUGACAAAAUUAAGGAACACACAGGGAUGGAAGGCGUCGAUAUAAUAGUAGAAAUGCUCUCUAACAUCAAUCUCGCUGCUGACUUGCAGCUGUUGUCCUGUGGAGGAAGGGUGAUGGUUGUGGGCUGCAGAGGUCCUGUUGAGAUCAAUCCGAGAGACACGAUGAGUAAAGAAUCUAGCAUAAUUGGAGUUAGUCUGUUUCUCGCAACGGAGGAGGAGAGGCGUGAAUGUGCGUCAGCGCUCCUCGAUGGCAUAGAAGCUGGCUGGCUGAAGCCGAUGGUGGGCUCGGAAUACCCGCUGGAGAAGGCAGCGCAGGCUCAUGAAGACAUCAUUCAUAGCGCUGGUGCUCGAGGAAAGAUGGUGCUCGUUCCAUAA